AGAUAAGAUAUGGGUACAGUUCUACUACUGUCUAAAAAGCUAAGACUAAUUCGCAGUCUUGCAAAAUCUUGCCCAAAAUCUCUCUAGGUCUAUAAAUAUGUGCUUUCUACUCCUGCAGAUUUCCAGAUAAGCAGUAAUUGUCUUCUUCAAGGUAGGAGUUUAAAUAAAUCAAGAGAAGAAAAAUAAUUAUCAAAAUAAAAAAUAAAGGAGAGAGGAGGGUGAAGUUAAACUUUUCAGUGGGGUUACCUAGGUCAGACCUGGGUAUGCUGGCAAAUCCCCAUUUUUACUCUAUUAUGCCUUGUCAAACAUAUACAUUUGCUCCAGCAGCAAAUGAUGUAACUGAAUGCAUUUGUCCCAACAAAUCAAUUAAAACUAAACACCUGAUUUUUUUUGUAAAGCUUUAAGAAGAUCUCUGCAAACAUGGCAUCUGAAAGCACCAGCAAUUUUACUACUCAAUCAGGCCACACAGACCCAUUUACAACCUGCAAGAAUGAAGAUUUCUCAGAAGGGAAAUACUAUCUCACUGUCUUUUACAGCCUAAUCUUUGUACUGUGCUUCCCGGCGAACAUCGUCACAAUUUUUGUUUACUUUGCCAAGAUGAGGCCCUGGAAAAGCAGCACCAUCAUUAUGUUCAACCUGGCUAUCACUGACUUACUAUAUUUAGCCACACUUCCUUUCUUUAUACACUACUCUGUUAAUGGAAAUAACUGGAUUUUUGGAGACUUCAUGUGCAAGUUUAUUCACUUUGGUUUCAACUUCAACAUGUACAGUGGUAUUAUCUUCCUUAGCUGCUUCAGCAUCUUACGCUUUUUCGUAGUUGUCUACCCAAUUAAAUUCUUUUUUGUUAAAAAACGGAGAUGGGCAGUGGUGACUUCCGUAGUUGUUUGGAUGAUUUCCCUGGCCACCAUCAGCCCCUUGGGCAUCUUGAUUGCCACAAGGCAUGCGCAGAACAAGACAAUCUGUCCUGACCUCUCUGCUGCUGCGGAUCUUCAAACUAGUCGAUGGUAUAACUGGCUGCUGAUGUUUGCCUUCCUAUUGCCCUUGCUUACUGUGACUCUGUGUUACACGCUCAUUAUUUACACCUUAGCCACUGGGCCACACACACAGGCUUUCUACAAACAGAAGGCUCGCAGACUUGCCAUUGUCAUCUUAGUGCUCUUCUAUGCAUGCUUCCUCCCCUUCCACGUCUUUCGAGGAAUUCGCCUGGAGGUCCGAGCACGACCGGUUAGCUGCCACUUGAAUAACUUGAUCCAUGAUAUGUAUAAUAUUGUUAAACCUUUAGCAGCAUUAAACACCAUUGCAAACUUACUGCUCUACGUAGUGACAGUAGACAACUUCCAGAAAGCAGUCCUCUCCCUCCUCAAGUUACUGAGAAACAGGUAUUUGAAGUAGAACAGAUUGAUGCCAUAAAAGUUACGGAGGAAGUGUCCAAACCUGCCCUCAACUAGCCAGGUACAACC